AUGAAAAGUCCAGAAACAUUGCAUUUAGAGACGUUUGUUUCAAAACUUAAAGAUUCGCCAAACUUUCAACCAGAUUCCUCCGAGAUCAAGAAAGUAUGUGAUCUAGUAACUAGUUCUCAAGACUGGAUGACUCCGGAACUGCAAGCCGAUGUCCUACGCAGCAUCAGUUAUUUUGUCCUAGAUAAUAAGAUAGAACAGAACACGAGAGAUCUCUGCUCGGAUACAAUUUCCAACUUAAUUACUAGAGAUACCUUACAAAACUUUAUCACCAGUCUUACUCCUAUGCUAAUGCAGAUAAAAAGCAAGUACGUAUCAGCUGCAGGACGGUUCAAAUCAUUGCCAUCAAUGACAUUAAAACCCACUAUUGGAUUUACUGCUAAUGAAGACAAAAUCAGGGAAGAUUGGUUAGCGAGUGGAGGUAUUCGAGGCAUUUCACUAUUUUUCGUCACGUUGAAGCAUAUGGAGCAUCGAGACAUUUCGUCAAAUCUUUGGUGGAUUACACCGGGCAUACUAAACAUUAUGGAUGAUACAACGGAUUUGUUGAGAAUAAGAUUGAAAGGAGCAGUAUUACUUGAUUGCUUUUUAGGCACCACAUAUGAUUCUACUGACACGGCUCAAUUCGAUUUUUCUACCACUGGUCUCUUUGAUGUUUACUACGGAUGCCUUAGGUCUAUGUGGUAUCUUCUCCCACCUUCUACAAACAGCAAAAUAACGGAGCAAGUUUGGAAGAUUGUUUUUCCUGCAAUGUUAAGUUUGUUCAAGGCACAGUUUGCUAGUGAAGAUCUACUUUAUUCGAAUCAAAUUAACAAAUUUCUUUCAGAAAUUCUUUUACAGGGUACUCUUCCGAGAGUUGCACCAGACCAUGUGGAACUAACUAUUGAUCUGCUAAGGUAUAUUCAAGUUGUUUUGCAAAUUUUGGGUCUUCGGUCGGCCGUCCAUAUGCAAAGGUUAAUAUACACAGUUGGAGAAUUCAUAAUUCGCAAUCCCUUCAUUACACUAUUUGUACCUUUGAUCCACGAAACUGUGACUACUCUGAGUGAGAUGGUAAAAGUCUGUCCUGAAGUACGAGUUGCUGCUCAUAAGUAUGAUCUUUUGGGAGGUGUUUUCAUACUAUAUUUGAAAUGUAGAUCGGAGGGCAAACUCGAUACCCAAACUCUCCACUUCCUACGUGACUAUACUAGACUUCUACAAGCUGCGGGGUGCAAGCUAUCUCCUGAGGAUCUUGAAAUGAUUAAGGAAAGGCAGUUGCAAGAUUUGAUAGACUGCUGA